AUGAUCGCUCUUUGCCGGUUCCCAGCAGCGCAUGGGUUCGCGCUUCUGGUCCAUGGGCACACGUUCGGUGCAGCGGCUUGCAAUGGACAGGGGAGGAUGAGAUCAUGCCGUUCGGUUGUACUGGGUCGAUUCCUUUCUUCCAAGAAGAGUAACACGAGAGGAAGUAGAAAUGCAUCUCCUAGAAUGAUGGCCAGCGAAGGAAAGUCCGCCUGGUUUACGCCUGCUGAAGAAACAUCAGCAGAAAUCAAGGUGAAGAAUAGCCGCUUCAUUGGGACGUUAGCAUACACUCCUUCAGUUGAAGAUGCGAGGAAAUUCAUCGCUGACAUGAAAGUGCGCUAUCCCGACGCAAGGCAUAACUGCUACGCUUUCAAGAUCGGCGAUGCAUCAAGCUCGAUCGAGGGCAUGAGCGAUGACGGGGAGCCAUCGGGAACAGCAGGCAGGCCCAUCCUCAACGUCAUUGCCGGCAGUUCUGUCACUGAUUGCACACUGGUGGUGACAAGAUACUUCGGUGGGACCAAGUUAGGAACAGGAGGUCUAGUCAAGGCAUACACCGAGUGUGCACAGGUAACUCUCUUGGGCUCCAAGACAGUGGAGCGAGUCUUCCGCGUCAGGCUGGCUGUAUCUGGUGUCGAUUAUGGACUCUAUGCAAAGUUGCGAUCAUCCCUCGAAGCCCUGGGAGGGAUCAUCGAAGACGAGAACUUUGGCGAGGACGUUGCUUUUAAAGUGAACGUGGAAGAAGAGAUCCGCGAACAGGCCAUUCAAGUCAUGAUGGAUGAAACGGCAGGUCAGACUACGGGAAGGCGACGAUUUCUUGAUGCCAUGGCACGGAAUCCAGGCUGGGCGGCGGGGGCUCCGAUCCCGAUCGCUGUGACUAGCCUCGGUGACUGUCAGUAG